AUGUCGGUAAGUAUUGUGACCAAUAUUGUGUCUUAUGGGUAAUAUUUUAGUUUUGGCUAUAUAUUUAUGUUACUUUGUUAGCUUAUCUUUCUUUUUUUUACUUGCGUAAUGUCUGAAAUUUAUUAUUGUAUUGUCAUUUUAAUGUUUCUACAAUUUUUUUGUAAUAUUAUGUUAGAUUUAUACAUUUCAGGAUAAGAAAAGCACUCGGAAAACAACGCCUAGCAGGAGUUCUGCUGGAGCUAAGGAUCAGAAGUCUUCGAAAAGAAAAUCGUCGACAAAGAAGUCGACGAACGACAAGGCGGAGGAAAAGGUAAGUGUUAUAUUGUCUUACUAAGUGAUAUAUCUUGUUUUGUUUCUAGUUUUAUUAUUACUUUUUGCAGGAGAAAGCGAAGCAACUAGUCACAGCGAAGAAGGCUCCCAGUCCUGAUAAUGCUCCAAAGGUAGGUUAAUCUUCAAAUUUUAAAUGACUUAUCAUAUAAAAACGACAUUAUUUUUAAUUCGUAGCUUAUGUUUAGGCCAAAAUGCUGGUACUUUGACCCUAAUAUUUCUUUGUCGAUCUAUUAUUGACGUAGGGUUUGUUCAUUUUAGCCUAUAAUACUAUUUUAUAAAAUUAUUGAUCUUAAUAUGCAAAUUUCAGAUAGAAAAGAAGGAUCCACCAGUUACUGUCCCCAAAGCCAAGGAGAAGAGAAAGCGACACAGUGACUCGGAGAUGAACACCUCAGUCGAUGUCAAGUCACUGAGCAGGGAUGACACACCGUCAGACGGCCGAAGGGUUAAGCCUAAAGAGGACGAAGGCCCGGUUCCUGAACUCUAA